AUGGAUAAGCGCCGGUUGAACCUUAGGAUUCUGGCAUCUCCUGGCACUUUCUCCUCCUCUUCCGGCCAGUCAGAGGGCGAUCCUUUCUUCCUCCGCCCGGCGAUUUCUCAGUGGAACUUGGGGAAACUGCUAGAAGUGUUCCGGCGGAUGACUCAGUCGACUCGCUAUCGACUCCUACUUGUUGGCUUCUACAUGCGAUUAUGGUACUGCGAGAGUGCAAAGUGGACUACUGGCUUCAAAGUUUUCACUAGAAUGGUGGCUGAGAACGACGGAAACCGAAGAAAUUGUGGGACAAUUCCGUCCGUACCCGCCACUGACGCCACCAGCCGGCAUCUUCAAACGGAAAUUUUCCAUUUUCCUUCGUUACCUAUAAUGGAAACCGUAUUGAUGUUGAAGAUUUUGUUACUCUGCACGCUUGUGGCAACUGCUAACUUAUUUUCUUCAUGAAGGUGUCUUAGAAAGGUGAUAAACUUUUGUGUCCCAACUCCUGCGACCUCCUGCGCGGUGUCGCUGCAAGUAGCGAUGACGUGUGAAAUCCGGGCUUAUCGCCCCGAGAGGGGGCAGUGGACACUCUUAGUAGCCUAAUAGUUGGGUCACUGAGACGGCCCCGGCCAGCGCUAACGGCAGGAGGGUCAGGUGAUCGACCUUGCGCAUCCGGC